GAUUGGUGUUGUGCGUUUGUGAACGUCAAUAAAGACAGGGUGUAAUAUACGAAUAAUCGUGGUUAAAUCAACCACGCGUUUGCGUACACGUUAGACUGACUGAAACUCCACUUGUCCACGGGGAAAGUAUAAUAAAGAAAACGACGAAAAUGUCGAAAGCAGAUGAAAAUGCUGACACGGGGGACACGGGAGACAAUUCGAAUGGAUCUUCGGCAGAGACCACGUCGUCCCGAGGUGGGGACUUCGAAACAAAACUCGAAACCGAUCGUAGCAAACGUUUCGAUUAUUUACUAAAACAGACUGAAAUAUUCUCCCAUUUUAUGACGAACAAUCAGAAGGACAAAGCUGGAAGUCCGUUAAAGAUCAAAGCUGGCAGGCCCAGGAAGCAACAGCCAGAGAAUCCAGUGAAAGCCGAUUCCGGUGAUCACAGGCACCGUAAAACAGAGCAAGAGGAAGAUGAGGAAUUAUUGGCUGAAAGUAAUGCCAAUGUCGCACCUACGACUCGUUUCGAAUCGUCGCCGCACUAUAUCAAAUCCGGUGAGUUACGAGAUUAUCAAAUACGAGGUUUAAAUUGGAUGAUAUCAUUAUAUGAAAAUGGUAUCAAUGGUAUUUUGGCUGAUGAAAUGGGUCUUGGUAAGACUCUACAAACUAUUUCACUGCUGGGAUACAUGAAACACUUCAGAAGCAUUCCUGGUCCACACAUAGUCAUUGUUCCAAAAUCCACAUUGGCUAAUUGGAUGAAUGAAUUUAAAAAAUGGUGUCCAAGCCUGAGAGCAGUGUGUCUCAUAGGAGAUGCAGAAAGCAGAAAUACUUUCAUUAGAGAAGUUAUGAUGCCUGGAGAAUGGGAUGUUUGUGUGACUUCCUAUGAAAUGGUCAUAAAAGAGAAGUCAGUGUUCAAGAAGUUCAACUGGCGUUAUAUGGUUAUAGAUGAAGCUCAUAGAAUAAAGAAUGAAAAGUCAAAGUUGUCAGAAAUAUUGAGAGAAUUUAAAACAGCCAACCGUCUUCUACUAACAGGAACACCCUUGCAAAAUAAUCUCCAUGAACUGUGGUCUUUGCUCAAUUUUCUAUUACCAGAUGUGUUUAAUAGUUCAGAUGAUUUUGACUCAUGGUUUAAUACUAAUAGUUUCUUAGGUGAUAAUUCAUUAGUUGAAAGAUUGCAUGCUGUUCUUAGACCAUUCCUUCUGAGACGUUUGAAGUCCGAUGUAGAAAAAGGGCUGAAGCCAAAGAAAGAAAUCAAGGUAUACAUUGGACUCAGUAAAAUGCAAAGAGAAUGGUAUACCAAGGUACUCAUGAAAGAUAUAGACAUAGUUAAUGGGGCUGGAAAAAUUGAAAAGAUGAGACUACAAAACAUUUUGAUGCAGCUGCGCAAAUGCUCCAACCAUCCGUACCUGUUUGAUGGUGCAGAACCAGGACCUCCUUAUACAACUGAUGAACAUCUUGUUUACAAUUGUGGCAAAAUGGUAAUCUUAGAUAAAUUAUUGCCAAAAUUACAACAACAGGACUCACGAGUUCUUAUAUUUAGUCAAAUGACUAGAAUGUUAGACAUUUUAGAAGAUUACUGCCAUUGGAGAGGUUUUCAAUAUUGCCGUUUAGAUGGUAACACAGCGCACGAGGACAGGCAGCGUCAGAUCAACGAGUAUAACGCACCGGGAAGCGAGAAAUUCAUUUUCAUGCUGUCGACUCGCGCCGGUGGUUUAGGUAUUAAUUUAGCAACGGCUGAUGUAGUUAUUAUUUAUGACUCUGACUGGAAUCCACAGAUGGACUUGCAGGCGAUGGAUCGAGCUCAUCGUAUAGGUCAACAAAAGCAAGUCCGUGUAUUCAGGUUCAUUACGGAAAACACCGUAGAAGAAAAGAUUGUGGAGCGUGCAGAGGUUAAAUUACGUUUAGAUAAAUUAGUUAUUCAACAGGGACGAUUAGUGGACGCGAAGCAAACGGCAUUGAACAAGGAUGAAAUGUUGAACAUGAUCAGGCAUGGUGCAAAUGAGGUAUUUGCAUCAAAAGAUAGCGCCAUCACGGACGAAGAUAUCGACACUAUUCUACAGAAAGGCGAAGCGAAAACCGAAGAGAUGAAACAGAAAUUGGAAAGUUUAGGAGAAUCGUCUCUGCGUAACUUCACCGUCGACGCACCCACCGAUUCCGUCUACCAAUUUGAAGGUGAAGAUUAUCGCGAGAAACAAAAGAUUCUUGGAAUAGGAAACUGGAUAGAGCCACCUAAGCGUGAACGUAAAGCCAACUAUGCGGUCGACGCUUACUUUAGAGAGGCUCUCAGAGUAUCGGAACCGAAAGCUCCAAAAGCACCCAGACCUCCAAAGCAACCGAUUGUGCAGGACUUCCAGUUCUUCCCUCCACGAUUAUUCGAAUUGCUCGAUCAAGAGAUAUACUACUUCCGGCAAACGGUGGGAUAUAAAGUUCCAAAGAAUCUAGAACUUGGAUCAGAUGCUGCUAGGAUUCAGAAAGAAGAACAACGUAAGAUAGACGAGGCUCAACCGUUGUCCGAUGAAGAAGUCGUAGAAAAAGAGAAACUGCUUACCCAAGGUUUUACAAAUUGGACGAAGAGAGACUUCAACCAAUUUAUAAAGGCUAACGAGAAAUAUGGGAGAGACGACAUCGAAAAUAUAGCCAAGGAGGUGGAAGGAAAAACUCCUGAAGAAGUUAUGGAGUAUUCGGCCGUAUUUUGGGAACGUUGCCAUGAACUGCAGGAUAUAGACAGGGUAAUGGCUCAAAUUGAACGGGGAGAGGCAAAGAUACAGAGACGAGCCGGAAUUAAAAAAGCUCUAGAUGCCAAGAUGGCAAGAUACCGUGCUCCUUUCCAUCAGUUGAGGAUAGCGUACGGUACAAACAAGGGUAAGAAUUACACCGAGGAGGAAGACCGAUUUCUUGUAUGCAUGUUGCACAAACUGGGCUUUGACAAAGAGAAUGUGUACGAAGAGCUUCGAGCAACGGUCAGAUCAGCGCCGCAAUUUCGUUUCGACUGGUUCGUAAAAUCACGCACAGCCCUGGAAUUGCAACGACGAUGCAACACGUUGAUCACACUGAUCGAACGCGAGAACCAGGAGCUGGAAGAACGCGAGAGACAAGAGAGGAGAAAGAAAGGUGGAAGCAUUGGUGCGAAACCCGCAUCCAAGCGGAAACAAGAAAACCUACCAGCGCCGCAAGACAAACCACGAAAAAAGAAGAAGUAAGGAAAUUAAACAAAGAAACAUUUCCAACCUUUACAUUUCGAAAAACACGAACUUAAACAUACUGUAACAAUCUCUCAAUCGUUCAUUCUCC